AUGGCAUCUCCUGAUGAAGUUAAGAUUGGCAACCUCACCGGAACUUUCAAAGUGAUGAUGCUGACUGUGGUGAGCAAGAACAAGGGCUUGUCGGACGAUAUUGGGCCCCUGCUGGAGCUCCAAGGGAUCAAUUGGCUUGUUCGCAAGAUGAUGGUCGCGGGAACCCCGACGCUGGUGAUCAAGGAGUUUGUUGACGGCGAAGGAAAGGCGCAGCUCGAUAUCGAUCUAUCGGGCCCAGCCGGGAUCAAAGGACAGGACAGGAGGGUCCUAGACUGGGAACCGCUCACGAAGAACAACGGUCCAUUUGGACUAGUUGAAAAUCGUGGUCGGUACUUUUCGGGGACGGUUGAGUCGUUGAGCGCGCUGGAGACGGAAGACCACGCGUUUUUGAACGCCGAAAUCCUCGCAGAUGGAUCUCCGAGCUCUUGGAUGGAUGACGGUCAACAUUUGCAGACGACAAUGGUCUCCAAAGAGGGAGGCUGGACAUCGGAACAAACGUGGGGGUUCGAAUUGAUAGAUGGGAAGCGUUAUCAUACGAGACGUGGUAUUGUCACAAAGGACGGAGAAGGAUGCAGACGAGGUCGUCUGGUGUACGACUACAUCGGCUCAGCCUAG